UUUAGGAUUAGAAAUGGUCUAAACACACCAUUAUUUAUUUUUUGAAAUAAAACACAACAUUAUUUAGUAUGAAACAACAGAAUGAUUACUUUGGAACCAAAAUAAUAUAAAACCAACACAAUGAUUAUAAACACACAGCAAAAGUCGUCUACUUCAGUCUCACUACUGCCGACUAAACCCAUAUAAGUCUCUUUUCUAAUACUUUUUCAGGUUCAUAUUUAUCUUUACAGAAAAAACCAUUAGCUCUCUUUCACAUCCAUAAAAGAUCCUUCCAUCUCAAGUAAAAAAGACCUCCAUUGAUUCCCUCUUUCUCAUAUUUCUCACCGAAUAUUUAUGACAACUGUUCAAUUCUCUUGUUAUAAUUACACACGCAGUUCUAGAAAAGUAUUAAAGUGAAAGCUUAAAUGGAUGACGAUGACCCACCCAAAUCUCGAAUAACCUCUACUAAUCAAGGGUCUUUUUCUUUUUUAUUUGAGUUUCGCCCAUAUAAACCCAAAGUGGGUUGGUUUUGUCCUUUCUUCUGUUUUGGGUAACAAACAAAGAACAAGAAAAUGGCUCAUUCAGCAGACAAAGGAAGAGUUAGCAGUCGUUCAGUUUUGAGGGCAAUCUUGUUCUUAUUUGGUGUUUGUUUGGUUGGGUACAGUAUAAGGCCACUAUGGUAUUUGCGCUUGAAGGAGAAGGCAACAGCUCCAGGUUCAGGUUCAUCAUGCCCACAAUGUCAAUGUCAUUGCUCCUCCUCCUCAAACGGUUUAUUUCCCCUACCUUCAGACUGUGCGAAAGAUGACCCAGAGCUGAAUGAGGAAUUAAGAAAGGAUAUAAUAACUUUGACCCUUGAAGAGCUAGAAUUGCAUAAAUCUGUAGCCAAUGAAACCUUGGAACACACCAAGGUACUGGUUUCGGAUGCUAGAAGAGCCUCUUCACACUACCAGAAAGAAGCAGAAAAGUGCAACGCAGGAGUAGAAAUUUGUGAGGAAGCAAGGGAGAGGGCUGAAUCACAACUUAUAGUAGAGCGUAACCUUUCAACAUUGUGGGAGGAACGAUCUCGUAAGCUUGGGUGGAAAGAUAGCAGAAGAUUAUAGUUAAUGUUUUCCUUGCAAAUACCAACUUCAGCUGCAAUUGUAGCUUAUAUAAUGAAUGAUUUUUGUUUACCAAA